AUGACGCACCGCUACUGUAAGUUAGUCGAGGUGCAUCCGGUUGUCAUGCUUCUCAUUUUAUGCACGUUGGUGGGUACGGUGACGUCUGUCACCCAAUACUCGAUUCCUGAAGAGAUGGAGGAAGGUUCCGUCGUUGCUAAUUUGGCGUCCGAUUUGGGAUUGGACGUGAGGACGCUGAAUAAGAGGAAAAUGCGCAUCGAUGUGGUGGCAAAUAAAAAAUAUCUCGACAUCAACAGAGAAACGGGAGAGCUGUUUGUUCUAGAGAGAAUUGACCGUGAAUUACUUUGUAACUCAAAAACAACGACGUAUUGCUCCCUGAAAUUGGACGCAACGAUUGAAAAUCCUAUACGAAUGUUUAACAUUGAAGUGGAGGUCGCUGAUAUCAACGAUAACGCUCCUCAUUUUCGACGGGGGACCAUGCAUUUGGACAUAUCUGAGUCGAGCCCGCUUGGAGAGAGAUUCUCCCUGAAUAAUGCAGUGGACCCGGAUGUUGGAGUCAAUUCUGUACAGAAUUACCACCUGAGCUCCAGUCAACAUUUUAACAUUGAAAUUCAAACUGGAAGAGAUGGCACCAAAUUUGCAGAUUUGAUUUUGACAAAAAUGCUAGACAGAGAGCAGCAGGCUGUUCAUCAUCUUAUUCUCACUGCUGUUGAUGGUGGAGUCCCCACGCGCACGGGCACGGCCAGCAUCAUUGUUCGAGUCCUAGAUGUCAAUGACAACGCCCCAUCAUUUGACAAAGACAAAUACUUCGUUGAAGUGAUGGAGAACUCCCCUAUUGGUAGUCUGGUGAUACAACUGAAUGCCACUGAUUUUGAUGAAGGUUCAAAUUCUGAUUUGCUGUAUUCUUAUAGUUUGUACACGUCAGAAAGAACACAACAUGUGUUCAGUUUAAAUCAAGAAAAUGGUGAAAUUAGAGUAAAGGAGAUGAUUAAUUAUGAAGAUUUACAAAUGUAUGAAAUGGAAGUCAUAGUGAGUGAUAAGGGGCUAAACACUUUAUCUGGCCAGUGUAAAGUGACUAUACAGGUGACAGAUAUGAAUGACAACCACCCAGAAAUUUCUAUUAAAUCCUUUCAAAGUCCUGUUAAAGAAAACAUACCCAUCGACACAGUGAUAGCGGUGGUCAGUGUGAGUGAUAAGGACUCUGGUGAUAAUGGAGUGGUGGAUCUUCAUAUUCCACACAAUAUGCCUUUUAAACUGAGGGAGUCCUCUGAUAACUAUUAUAAGUUAGUAGUGUCUGAGCAAUUAGACCGUGAAAAGGUCCCAGAAUAUGACAUCACGUUCACUGUGAUAGACAGAGGCUCCCCUCCUUUAAGUGACAAUGAGACUAUGAAUUUACAGCUGCUGGAUGUGAAUGACAAUGUGCCACACUUCCCUCAGUCCUUUUACACGAUACGUGUGGCAGAGAAUAAUGCUCCAGGUGCUUUGCUCAGUUCACUUAGUGCGUUUGACCCGGACCUCCAUGAAAAUCAGUACCUUGUUUACUUUAUUGUGGAGAAGGAGAUAGCCAACACUUCCAUGUCCAUGCUGUUCUCCAUCAAUCCCGAGAACGGGAACCUUUACGCGCUCAAGACUUUUGACUAUGAAAUGGAGAAGGACUUUCUUUUUCACAUCGAGGCCAGAGACUCCGGGUCUCCUCCUCUCAGCAGCAAUGUGAGCGUCCACAUCAUCAUCAUGGACCAGAAUGACAAUCCUCCGGUUAUUGUCUCUCCGUGGCGAGCGCAUGGCUCGGUUGUAGAGGAAAAGAUCCCCAGAUCCACAGAUAAAGGCUCCCUUGUGUCCAAGGUAAUAGCCUUGGAUUUGGAUUCUGUGCACAACUCUCGCAUCAGCUACCAGUUCUUGCAAGUGAGCGACGCCUCCUUGUUCAGCCUGGACCAGUACAAUGGAGAGAUCCGCACGAUGAGGAUGUUCAGUUACAAAGAUUGGCGCCACCACAGACUCGUCGUUGUUGCCAAGGACAAUGGGGAGCCAGCCCUUUCUGCUACAGUCACCAUCAAGUUGUCCACGGUGGAAACUGCUGUGAAGGCCUACUCAGACAUGACCGAAGUGCCUCUGGAAUACGACAUCUUCUCUGACCUAAAUCUGUAUUUGGUCAUCGGUUUGGGCUCGGUGUCCUUCCUGCUGCUAAUUACCAUUUUAGUCACCAUCGUGCUCAAGUGUCAGAAGGUCAAGACCAGCAAGGCCGCUCCUCCCUGCAGGAACAGUGUAAUCAGUGAGAGGAACUCCACCAUUGCGGAUUCCACUUUGGUGUCCAACGACGCCUACUGGUACAGUCUGUUUCUAGCAGAGACCAGGAAAGGAAAGCUGGUGGUCAGACAGCCCGUGCCAAAGGGCUCCAGAUACAUCGUGUCCAGUAUUCCCAGGAGCACAGGUGUGUCGGAGACUAGUGACUCCGCUCCUUCUACUCUGCAGGUAAAAAUAAUUGCUAGUUUCAUAGCCUAUUGUACAUGA